UUUCAUGGUUACAUAUACUAGGCUCAAAUGAUUUGUUCCAGGAAGCCAUGAAAAAGAAUAUAUUGCCUUCCAGUUGAUUUGGAAAAAUAAAAUAAAAAAGGCAAAAGGCAAAAGGAGAAGGUUUGUGGCAUGGACUAAAGGUUGCAAAAGGUGCCAGGAAGAAAGAGUAGCGCUUUCGUUUGUUGUUAUCGUUUAUGUGUUGGAUGAAGUUGAAAGCUGCCAGAUAGCUUCUUUUCGACAGCUUGGAGUUACUGUUGGGAACAGAUCCAUGUAUGGAAGCAAAAGCAGAAAAGCAGAGAUAAGCUGCUAUCCAGCUAUGCAAACCAUGUUUAGAGACACUUAAAGGACAAGCAUCCAAACUCCUUUCUUUCUGGUAAAUUUAGAGAAGUGGUCAUGUGAAGUUCUCGCUCUAUACAGUCCUACGCAGAGCCGCCGAGACUUGACAGCGGUUAGGAAACAUUUGGAAAUUGGUCCAAAGAGGCAAUCAUGAUGGGAUUAAAGAAUCUAGCUGCCUUUCCUGGUGGUCUUUAUCAUUUAAGUGUUGUACUCAUGCUACUAUUUCAUGUGGAAACAGUGCAAUCAGAGCAUCAGACAGAAGUGACCAAUGAAACUGACGAAUGUACUGGUACCUAUAUAUGUAAGAAAGGCGUGAUUUUGCCUGUCUGGGAACCUCAAGACCCUUCGUUUGGUGAUAAAAUAGCAAGAGCUACUGUGUACUUUGUGGCCAUGGUUUACAUGUUUCUAGGAGUGUCCAUCAUAGCAGACCGCUUCAUGUCAUCCAUAGAAGUUAUUACAUCCCAAGAGAGAGAGAUCACAAUCAAGAAACCCAAUGGUGAAACCAGCAAGACGACAGUUAGGGUCUGGAAUGAGACUGUUUCCAACUUGACCCUCAUGGCCCUAGGCUCUUCUGCACCUGAGAUCCUCCUUUCUGUCAUUGAAGUGUGUGGUCAUGGCUUCAAAGCCGGGGACCUUGGGCCAAGCACCAUUGUAGGGAGUGCUGCCUUUAACAUGUUUGUUAUCAUAGCCCUUUGUGUCUAUGUUGUCCCUGAUGGGGAAAUCAGGAAGAUUAAGCAUCUCCGUGUGUUUUUCGUCACGGCAGCUUGGAGCAUCUUUGCCUACACUUGGCUUUACCUAAUUUUGUCAGUCAUAUCGCCUGGAGUUGUAGAGGUCUGGGAAAGCUUGCUGACCUUAUUCUUCUUCCCUAUCUGUGUGGUAUUUGCAUGGGUUGCUGACAGAAGGCUUUUGUUUUACAAGUAUGUCUACAAGAAGUACAGAGCUGGCAAGCAAAGGGGCAUGAUCAUUGAACACGAGGGUGAAGCGCCAUCAUCCAAAGCUGACAUUGAAAUGGAUGGGAAAGUAGUUAAUUCCCAUGUUGAAAGCUUCUUAGAUGGCACUCUGGUCCUAGAGGUGGAUGAAAAGGAUCAAGAUGAUGAGGAAGUGAGGAGAGAAAUGGCCAGGAUCCUUAAAGAGCUGAAGCAGAAGCACCCAGACAAAGAAAUCGAACAGCUGAUAGAACUAGCUAACUAUCAGGUUCUGAGCCAGCAGCAAAAGAGCCGAGCUUUUUACCGUAUCCAGGCCACUCGGCUAAUGACUGGAGCUGGCAAUAUAUUGAAGAGACAUGCAGCUGACCAAGCAAGGAAAGCAGUCAGCAUGCAUGAGGUCAACUGUGAAGUGGCAGAAAAUGACCCUAUCAGUAAGGUCUAUUUUGAGCAGAACACCUACCAAUGCCUUGAGAACUGUGGCACAGUAGCCCUAACUGUUGCCCGCCGAGGUGGUGAUUUGACCCAAACUGUCUCAGUUGACUUCAGAACAGAAGAUGGGACAGCCAAUGCGGGUUCCGAUUAUGAGUUCACUGAAGGGACUGUGAUGUUUAAGCCAGGCGAGACACAGAAAGAAAUACGGGUUGGCAUAAUUGAUGAUGAUAUAUUUGAGGAAGACGAGAACUUCCUCGUUCACCUAAGUAAUGUGAGAGUGUCCUCUGAGGAGUCAGAAGACAGUGUCCUAGAGGCCAAUCAUGUUACAACAGUGGCUUGCCUGGGAUCGCCUGCUACUGCCACCGUCACUAUCUUUGAUGAUGAUCAUGCUGGCAUUUUUACCUUUGAGGAACCAGUCUCUCAUGUAAGUGAAAGUGUGGGAACGAUGGAAGUGAAAGUGCUAAGGACAUCUGGAGCUCGAGGAAAUGUUAUUGUGCCAUACAAAACAAUUGAAGGCACAGCCAAAGGGGGUGGAGAGGACUUUGAAGACACUUGCGGAGAGCUUGAAUUUCAGAACGAUGAGAUUGUGAAGUUCAUUACCCUUAGAAUACUUGACCGAGAGGAAUAUGAGAAAGAGUGCACUUUCUUCCUUGUGCUUGAGGAACCAAUAUGGAUUCGAAGAAGAAUGAAAGGUGGCUUCACAAUCACAGAAGAGAACGAGGAGAAGCAGCCGCUGACAAGCAAAGAGGAGGAAGAGCGCCGCAUUGCUGAAAUGGGGCGCCCCAUUCUGGGGGAACAUACAAAGCUAGAAGUGAUUAUUGAAGAGUCCUACGAGUUCAAGAGCACUGUGGACAAGCUCAUUAAGAAGACAAACCUAGCUCUCGUGGUGGGAACUAACAGCUGGAGAGAACAGUUCAUUGAAGCUAUCACUGUCAGCGCCGGAGAGGAUGAUGACGAUGAUGAAUGUGGGGAAGAGAAACUACCCUCCUGCUUUGACUAUGUGAUGCACUUUCUGACUGUCUUCUGGAAAGUCCUUUUUGCCUUUGUCCCCCCAACGGACUACUGGAAUGGUUGGGCUUGUUUUGUUGUGUCCAUCCUAAUGAUCGGCCUUCUGACAGCGUUCAUCGGGGACUUGGCAUCCCAUUUUGGCUGCACCAUCGGCCUGAAGGAUUCAGUAACUGCAGUUGUGUUCGUUGCUUUGGGAACUUCAGUACCAGACACGUUUGCCAGCAAAGUAGCAGCAACGCAAGAUCAAUAUGCAGAUGCUUCCAUAGGCAACGUCACCGGUAGCAACGCAGUGAAUGUUUUCCUGGGGAUUGGCGUAGCCUGGUCCAUCGCUGCCAUCUACCACGCAGCCAACGGCAAGCCAUUUGAAGUCCAACCAGGCACACUGGCUUUCUCCGUCACCCUCUUCACUAUAUUUGCUUUUAUCAGUGUUGGUGUGCUCCUCUACCGGCGGAGACCGGAGAUUGGAGGUGAGCUGGGCGGGCCACGGACUGCCAAGAUUCUGACCUCAUCCCUCUUUGUCCUCCUUUGGCUGUUGUACAUAUUCUUCUCAUCUCUAGAAGCCUACUGCCACAUACAGGGCUUCUAAAGGAACUAUUGGAGAUAGCACCUAUAUGUAUCUAUAGAGAGAGAGAAAGAGAUAUAGGUAUAUAGAGAUAGAUUUAAUAUUAUUGAACAGAGGAAGAAAAGACAUUUGCCAUGUUCACUUAUCUACUGAUGGAAUGUAGCUUUGCGGUAGGAGUUUGAAAUCUGCAGGAUUCUUCACCAGGGGCAGCAUCAUAGAAAUGGAGGCACGGAUGCAGGGCCAUCUUCGCAACGCAAGCGACAAGAUCAUGAUGGAGUUCCUUUCUUUUUCUCCCCUUUCCCUCCCCUAUAUGAGGACUGAUCUGAUUGCAGUGGGGGCUGAUUGGAAUGCCAAAAGGGGCAGAUUUAGUUAUAUCGUAUUGAGUGGAUGUCUUAAAAGGGGAGUUCUGGUCUUUCUUCCCAAUAUCUUUGUUGCCUUCUUCAUAACUCAAGAAUGGGCCAGAUCAUCGCCCUCAAAGAAACAUGCGAGUGUGGAGUGACAUACACGGCCCAGGGGUUUUCUGACCUCCAUACUGUUUGGGAUGUGGCUUUUUUUGUGUUUCUUUCCUUUGAUUCCCCCCUUUACUGUCCAGCUAUUAAGAGUACCUUAUUUUGACAUACCACGCGAAUCCCUUUCCCAGAUUUGUUUGGAACUGUAUUUAUGAUUGGUGCGUCCAGUUUCCCUUUAAAAGAAAAGUGAUCUUCUCAAACAGUUUUUGACCAGCACUCCAUUUGCUCCAAAACUGUGGAUGACAGACAUGUGCCCAAAGCCCUAAUCCCCAUGCUAUGUUUUUAUUUUUUCCUUGCUGUGACGUCAGAUUGAUUUCACUUGCCUCCUGUGCCCUUCCCUCCUGCCACGUUUUGCUGCUCUGCUCCUUCUCAUACUCCUGUUUGGGAAUGCUUUCUUGGUACUUAUUGUAACACUUUGCAUGAAUGAAGCAAACCAUAAUCUGUAAUAUAGCACUGAAUAGCGAUAGUCCGUUCAGCGAUGCCGAUUGAGCACUGAAGAUGCAAUUAUGUGUGUUUUUUUCUUUCCACACUUUUUCUUUCCUUUUUAAUGAACAGCAUGAGAGGCAGGAAAUGGUUGGCAAUCUUCUGCUCUGCAUUAAGUUUCUUAAGAAGCAAUAACCAAGAGCUGUAGAGAUACAUAUGUUUUGAAAGGAAAAAUCCGUACAAGAGAGGCUUAGGCCAUUUUAGAAAGGGAUCUGCCUGCCAGCCAAGCUUAGGAGGAAGUUGAACAUAGGAAUCUGCUUAUACCGAGUCAGGCCAAUGGCCCAUCUAGACCAGUACUGUCUACUCUGAUUGGCAGUGGCUCUCCAAGAUCUCAGGUAGAGGGCUUUUCCAGCCUUGUUGCUACCUACCAUUUUAAUUGGAGAUUCCAUGGAUUGAACCUGGGACAUUCUGCAUAUAGAGUAUGUGCUCUGCCGCUAAGCUACAGAUGCGUAGAGCCUGCUUUGCGCCUAGCCUGUAUGAAUGUAGUGGGGCAUAGCAUUGUUCAAACUAAGUAUGAUUAGCCAUAUCAAGCCCUAAAUAAGCAAAAUAGCUUUGAGCUUCUUUUUUUUUAAGCAUCAAUUUCCCCUCAAUAUAUAUAUACUGCAUUUGUUCCUGUCUUCAAGUACCUGACGUUAAAUCCUUGGUCUCCAUACUUGCUAUUAUGUCUGCUGCAGCACUAUAAAAACCUGUAGCCUGAUCUGGUCUUCAUAAAGGGCACCUUGAAGACAGAGCAGUUGAGUCCCCUCUGAUGGAUGUUGAACAUUCCACCACCCACUGACCUUGAGUCUCUUAGCUAGGAAAAGUGGCAAAUCUUGCAUUGUCCAACAGUGAAUGCUUUUGUGCCUGGGAAUUAGACAUAGAACUCCUGUUAUUUAUUAUUUAUUCAUUGUCAGCUAUGUGCUUAGCUCUUGUACAAUGCACAGUGAGAGACCCCAAAACAGCCCUUGCUUUGGAAAUGUCAUCAUCCAGCACAGGUACAGAGGAUGCUUGCUUUGUUGCUGGGUUGUUUAAUUUUUCCAUCUCCCUUCCUCCUCCCCCCACACCUUUUUCAUUUAUCAGUUCCACCACCACCACCCCUCCAGCUCUUGUGGUUAUGGAAGGAACAAGCCAUUAGAAAGAGGUCAGAACAAGGAAGGUGCAACCAGGGCUGCAUGGAAGGAACGGCAAGGCAUGGUUGGGGAAAUGGCAAAUCUGUGGAGAUGGUGGGGAAGGGUCACACAUACACCGCAGAAGAUCCCCAAAGGGAAAUGAAUGGGACUCAGAUAUGCUGCUUAGUAGCCCUGUGCCACAAUUGCUUGCUCUCUAGAUAGAGAUGAUGGAGGCAGGGGGGAGAGAGAGAGAAUUAUGUCUGUAGCAGCUUCGAACCAUUGCUAGGCAAGAGGAACUGGUCAGGCAGCAACGGAACUGGUAAAAUGGAAAGGCGAUCAGGGAGACAGAAGCUGCUGAAACAGGUCAGCUUUCCUGCCCUAACAAAACAAUGGGAAUGGCCCACUUGGUGGAGAUUUGCAGGCUUUCCAUUACUAAUUUUGUACUCAUCUUAAGGUAGCAUGGUCCAUUUAAAAAGGGGGGAACAGAAACACAGUCUCUGGGCAGAGAUAGCACUGGGCAGAGAUGUGCUCCAUCCCUGGCCACAUUGGAAGGGAGCACUAUGGAUGGCAGGAUGCGCACAUCUUGAAUCCAAAAAAUGGCCUGUGCAAACCCUCCCUUAAAUGCAUCCCCAUUUCUCAGCUGUGAGCAUGCCGUGGGUCUGCCUUCCAGAGAGAGCUGAGAAGGUGUUUUCAGAAUGGAGGAGCUGCAGAUUGGAGGAAAGGCAAAUCUAUUCACACUUUUCAUCUCCUAAAGAGUGAGUCAUGCUGAAGAGUGUUAAAGAGCUGCCACGUGAGUCUGGUAGUCCAUCUGUUCCAGUGCUGCCUACUCUGAGUGGCAGUAACUCCCUCGAGUUUUUCCCAGUCCUCCAUGAACCUUACUUUAAUCAGACAGCCCAGAGACUGAAACUGGGAGCUUAUGUGUGAAGCAUAUCAGCUGUGGCUUUGAAGCAUAUGCAUGGUAUUGUAAUUUGAGGGUUGCUGCUUGGUGUCAGACGAGAUGAUGGGAUUUACAACCCACCCCCACCCUUUCCUCCACCAGCUCAUCUAAUGGCAGUGUCACAGGGCAUCCUUUUGAUCCUCUGUAUUUCCUCUAUACGUUGACCUACACAACAACUGCUCUUCUGUCACCAUGACACAGUUGUACAUGGAUCUUUACCAUACAGUGAUAUUUUUUUUUCUGAAUUAAAAAAAAUCACACUAUGGGAGCAAAAUAGUUGUGUGCAUCCAUUCUGAGAAGCAGGAAGGGAGAAGUAGCAAUAGAUCAUAUCCAUACUUUAAAGUAACAGAAAACAGGGAGCUGUGUCUAUGUGACUCAGCUGGACCAGAACACGUUUGUUAAACAUCAAAGGAGUGAAGCAUGUUCUGCUGCAGAGGAAAACCUAAUUGCAUCAUUAACUGUAUAACUGAAUGGAGGAUGUUGUAGAAAAAUUGGCAGGGGGAUGUUCUGUUACCAUCAGAUUUCUUACUAGAUUUGUGGCCUCCGUAUUCAGUCCAAAUUCCAUUAAAAUCAAUGGUAAUUUUGGUAAUGUGAUGAAUGAGAGGUGGAGAAUGAUCACCUGCCCAAAUCCAUGCUCAAGAGCUUCCCAUUCAUUUAAGUGGAAAUGCUAGCUUUACAUGCACAUCCAUUGGUCCAUGUGGGCACAUGGUGUCAUUUUUGAAACGAAGGAAGAACGCUGUGCACAUCAAAUGCUCCAUUACGUGUAUUCAUCACUAUCUGUAAUUGCAGAAAUCGGCCACAGCUAACCAACUCCUUAGUAGCUUCUUCUGUCGAGGGGUCAUGAAUGAAUUUUUCAUCCACAUCACAUGGUAGAAAGGACAGAGAUUAGCCUAGGCUUUUGCGCAUUUUGAACAAUCUGUGGAAUGCUUGAAUUAAUUGUCCUGUUGUUUUCCUUUUAAAAAUGGAAUGAAUAAUAUUCCCCCCCUCCCCCGUAAAUCAGUUUUCACUUUUGAGGAUUUUUUUUUCCUGUUUGGUUUCAUUUGAUUUGUUUGUUGUUGGGGUGGGGGGAGAAAAUUAAGCAAUUAUUUGGGUUGUUCAGGGAUUAUUAAUAUUAUUAUGACUGUGUUUGUGUAAAAUUAUUUCAUUUCAUCUAUUUGUUUUCCUUCCUUUUUAUUUGUGUGUAUCGUGCACAGUAACGGAGAGGCAGUGAGUACACUAAUUGUGAUCAAUGGUACACU